AAAAAUCCGGGAUGUGGUACUUCGACCUGCUGCAUUUUUUGAGAGACCAGGACUCUGCAAGACCUAGUAGGAGUACAAUGAGUGAUGCGGAUCAAGAAACACAACAAGAUAAGGAUUCAGAACCUACUGAUCUACCCCAUUCCCAACAAGGAGGUGAGGCUCUUCCAACAUCAGGAGAUGAUGGACCAAGCACAUCACUAAGUGUGACACGAUCAACAGUUAUAUCGAGGGUGUCAAAGACACUAUGUAAGAGAAAAAAGAAACUCCGGCAGAUGAGGUGA